AUGCGACAGUUGCGUGCGUCGCGGAGGAAAGGGAUUCAUCUGCUCUUUCUCUUAAACGCUUUAAAAGUACGAUCGAUCACCGUGAAGGCAAGACAUCGUCAGUAUUGGUAUCGCAGGCUUUGGGAUUAAAUAGUCAUGGCAGAGAGACACUUUGUAUUUGCUGAUGAGAAUGAGCUGUUUAGUCUGAUGAAGGACAUCGACUGCCUGUACUGCAGGAAUCCAGUCCCUGCGUCAAAACAUCACCUCGAAAAGAGACACCUCAAAUUAGCUAUGUAUUACAAAGAUGCUGACAUCGGGAAGUUCUCUAUUCCCUGUUAUUGUGCUGAUGGAGGGCAUGGCAGGAGCCACUGGCAUUGCCCAAUAUGCCCUAAAAUAUUGCGAAGGACACAGGAUUACAGAAACCACAUCACCAAUCAUGGUGUUAAGAUGACCAAGAACAAACCAGAGAGACACUUUGUAUUUGCUGAUGAGAAUGAGCUGUUUAGUCUGAUGAAGGACAUCGACUGCCUGUACUGCAGGAAUCCAGUCCCUGCGUCAAAACAUCACCUCGAAAAGAGACACCUCAAAUUAGCUAUGUAUUACAAAGAUGCUGACAUCGGGAAGUUCUCUAUUCCCUGUUAUUGUGCUGAUGGAGGGCAUGGCAGGAGCCACUGGCAUUGCCCAAUAUGCCCUAAAAUAUUGCGAAGGACACAGGAUUACAGAAACCACAUCACCAAUCAUGGUGUUGAGGUGACAGACAACACACCAGUCGAAUCCAGGAUCUCGCUGGAGAUGGAUGACGUGAGGUCCACUGACACUGUCACUCCUUUUGACAAAAUACACAAGUAUCACAAAAAGCUGCAAUCAGGCAUUGAUGCUCAAGAGGCCAACUUGAUAUUGAAAGCCAAGGAUGUGCACACUUUUGAACUGGACAACUUUGGGGAACUGCAACCUACGACAUUCCUGUUUGAGACUCUACAAACAGACAAAGACGACAAAAUGCCAGACAAGAAGUUGACUUGUCAAACAUGUGGAAUCCUCUUUACCAGUUUAUCAAAUUUGAGACGGCAUGAGAGGCUACAGCACGGCCAAUUCCAACAACCCAUGUUCUGCAUAGAUGCCAAAAACGGCAUCUACAUUACAACCAAGGACCUGCAUGGUCCGAGAGUCCCCAUUCAUGUCCUUAAAUCAUUCGCCCUGCAGGUUAUGCUCUGUGAAUCAAAAGAAUGCAGAGAGUUCAUGAUAGCACAGGGCCAAUGUGGAAAUCCAGGCAAAGAAUGUUGUCACCUUGAGAGGACCAGUCAUGCACAGCAAUAUGUUCCCCCUCCAGCGCUCUGCCUUAACUCUCUGGAAGAAAUGACGUACAAAGGCCUCCUGUCCAAAUCGGAGAAACAACAGUGCCAAGAGAUGAACUCAAGGGCGUGUUUAGAGGGUGUCGAUUGUGUGUACCCUAUUUCUUGGGGGAAGUUUGAGCUCUUGGACAGAUACGUCAACUUUUCUGUGUAUACCAACCUCAAAGACACGUGGUGCCAGUUUGGGAGGACACAUGUCUCGUUUGACACCAGAUCCGGAAACUGGAAAUGCCUGUGCGAACACAAAAGAAAUGGUUGCAUCCACAAGUAUUUGUCAAUGUGGUGGGUGUUCCAAGAGCAACCAGAAUUUUUUCCCAACAACCUUGAAACAAACCCUGAGAGAGAGGACAAAAUUGAGGAAGUAGUUGUGUUGGUAGAGAAUGACAUUUAAAUGACAGAUGACAUCUAGGGAUGUACAAAGCUAACAUAGUUGACUCAUUGGUGAGUUGUCAACAACUAGUUGACUACUCCUUGUUAAGGAACUCAUGUAAACUGAUUCUAAAUUAUGUCCACCGAGUCUGCUUUAUGUCCACCAGACCCUUAUUAGGCACAUUUCAUAGGGAUAUAUGGAUGCUAAGUGCAACCCUUAAAAAGUAUAACUAACAGAUACUCAACAAAUAGUGUACAUAACUAUGACCUCUUAUUGCACAAAACUAAGUAAGAAAUAAGAAAGGCUGCUAUAUAAAGUGGCACAAAAUGCGAUUGGACUCAGGGUGAUCAUUUCUCCGCAUUCAAAAGUGCAUAACUGCGCACGAUCUUGUCUAUUAAAUGCCAGUUUAUACUUCUGCGUCGAACCUACUGCGUAGGCUCUGCCUAGUGGCAAACUUGGUGGUUUGCAUUUAUAGUUCUGUGUUUGGGUUGGUGCGUCGUUCUGCAAGUACACAGCCAAAAGCAUGACAUCAUGCCCAUUUGACUAAUUUUAUCCCAUACUACAAGAAAUCUAAUCGGGUCCUGCAGGAGUUCCUCUGGAAUGCAGACCUCUAACUUGCAGGCCAAAUAUAUUUGGGGUAAAAGUCCAGAGAAAUUUGUACAGAUCAUAUGUUCUGGUUUUUAGGACUGCUUUUUUCCUUUGGUUUUUCCUUACUAAUACACAGGAAAGACACUACCCAUGUUCCAAAAAGGAAAGCAAAGAGAAAAGGGCAAGAAGUUUACCAUCAUUUGCUUGGCUUGGCUUGGCUUGGCUUGUGUAUGCCACCGGACACAAACACACAAAUGUAAAAGUUCCCAGACAAGCUAAAAAGGAUAUUGACAAAUUAUAAUACAAGUAUUAUAUGAAAAUAGUAGGCUAUAUGAGAAUGUUGAUACAUUGAGUUUUAAUGAGCUCUUAAUCUACUUUCCUGAUGAAAAAUAUAUGUAGGCUACAAUACUAGUUAAACCAUCAUAAUAAAAAAGAAACACUAAACUUACACUUUUAUAUAUUAAAUUAUUAUUAACUUCAGCCAAAUACUAGUAAACAUGCCAAGCUAGAAACCAGUAAAAGCAGUAUAAGUGACCUUGGCAGUUGUACUGAAGUAAUUUUACCAGCACGGUUAAGUACAAAUGCUACUGUAAUCAUUCUGUACCAUGCUCAGAACUGUUUAGCAUGAUGGUGGAAAAGUGGCUAAUGUGAUGCAUAAGUAUUAAUCGGCCUUAAUUUGACAAUGUGUUGUCACCGUUUAUUACCUUAUACCAAUAAAAGCCGUUCAAGCAAAAACCGGUUGGCACGGGUAGAUUUUUUUUGUCUAUUACCCUGAUUUUGCGUUGCAUGUACCAGCUUAUCUAAGUGUUGUGCAAAUGUCUGCUUACAUUUUGUCGUCAAAAGCAGAGAAAAACUACAUGAUUUCAAGUCUCAUGUAAAUGUUUUUCUUGCAUUGUAGGAUAUUUUGAAUAAGAUGAUUUUUGGUAGUAAUAAGCGUAGCGCUGUGCAUGUAAAUGUGCUCUAGAAAUAAUAAGGUUGUGCAACAUCUAAUUGUUCAGUUUGUUCAGCAUUUUUUAUUCUGCAAAGUAUUUAUAAAAGCAGUUUCAGACAGAAUCAUUAAAAAAAUACUAUUCUUUAAUUACUCCAGAACACCUCACAAAUGAACCAGUGGAUUAUCAAGAACAUUACUCACAGCAGGUGAUGUGACGUCCAACAGUGAUUGUCUUGAAAUGUAUUGUCUGUGAAUUUGAACUCGAGCGGCGCCAUGGCUGUAGUAGCAGUACAUAACAUGAGCGUCUCUGUCCUUUUCUGCAUAUCGCCAUCAUCAAACAGAUCCCGAAGUCUACAUAUACCACGGGCAUGCCAAAUUUUAAAUCCCAGGUGUGAAAUACUAGGCAGAAACUCCAGAUUGUUAUGAACUGGAGUGAGAAGGGAAGAUGUUUCAGUCCUGCCCUCUAUCGUAUAAAUACUGAACCAAGCCUUAAGAGUAUUACACAUAAUCUGACUGUUGCAUAAUGUGUUGGGGUUACUAACAAAUAAUACAUUUUGUAUAGGGCAUGACAACUUUGAGGCUUCAAGGUCAAACCAGACAGAUUUAGGGUCCUCAAACUAUUUAACAAUAAAGCUGAGCUGAAAAGCAAAUUGGUACCAUUUGGAAAAUCUAAGCCUCCCAUGGAACACAAUAGUCUAGUUAAAUAUUCAUCUUAAUUAUAACAGUUUUCCCCAACUAUGACAGAGAGAGCCAAUCAUCUAUUUAGAUCAUCACAGAUUUUAUCAAGCAAUGGGAUAAAAUUGUCUUAAAACAUUUUACAUCUAAUUGUAGGGGUUAUAUUAAUACCCAGGUAAACAAAACCAUGAUCAGACAAUCUAUACGAAAAGGAAGGCAUUUUAAUUGCACAAAUAAUAAGGUUUCCCACAGGCAAAGCAAUAUAUUUGAAAACGUUGAUCUUUUACCCUCAGAACUGCUAAAAAAAAUGUAAUGACGUCCACCAGACAAGGGACCGAAGUGUCAGGAUCCGAAAGAAAGAUCAGGACAAUAUCCACUUAGAGAGAGAUAUUGAGUUGCUUCCCUCCCACUGACACCCCAUUAAAGCGGCUUCCUUUCUUAUUGCUUGAGCAAGUGGCUCUAUUGCUAUAGCAAAAAAUAGCCGAGAAAGGGGGCAGCCCUGCCUAGUAGUCCGAGAUGGAAGUAAACUGCUUGAUCUAUAACCAUUAGUAAUAACUCCUGCAAGAGGAUCUGAAUAAAGUAUACGUUCCCACUUAAUAAAGUUUUCCCAAGGCCAAAUCUUUCUAAAGUAUAAAAUAAAUAAGGCCACUCGGCGCAGUUGAAUGCUUUUUCUUCAUCUAAUGACAGAAGAGUGUCACUGUUGAGUUUAUGAGAGAGCUCAGUGAUAUUUAAAAGCCACCUCACAUUGUGACAAGAACUUCUACCUUUAAUAAAAACCUGUUUGAUCUUCAUUAAUGAUAAAUGAUCAUAGUUUCUUUAACCUCAGCACUAGAAUUUUAGACAGCAUCUUUAAAUCUGAAUUCAACAAAGCUAUGGGCCUGUAAGACCCACAAUUCUCUGGGUUCUUUAUUUAUUCAUUUUUUUUUUUUUUAAAUAAAGAACGAUAUUAGGUGCCCUAUGUGAUUGGGGCAACAUAACUGUUGCAAAUGUAUAGUCAAACAUGGCUAAGAGGGGAUCUAUUAAUAAAUGUUCAAAUCCUUUAUAAACUUCACAUCCAGGCCUGCAGAUUUGCAGAUUGCAAACUAUGGAAAGCGACUAUGGUUUCCUCCCUGGAGAUGGAAGCGUUUAGCAAUACUCUUUGUUCCUCAGAAAUACUUGGGAGUGUUAAGCGAUCAAGAAACGUUUCAAUAGAACUACAUUUCUUAGGUGAAUAUUCUGUGCGGUACAAAUCAGAGUAGAAUGAAAUUUAUUAUUUAUGAUACAGGAAUCUAAAGAUUGUACCCCAUUGAGACAAGAUUUAAUCUUCAUUAGGUGGGCUAAAUAUUUGCUAGGUUUAUUGCCAUAUUCGUUCAUCCUUUGAGGCAUGAUUUAUUUUUACAUUUGUAUUUUUUUCAGCUGAACGAUCGAUACCAAGAUAUUAACGAGCACAACACAUUGAACAGACUGUACACCAGUCCUUCAGAGCCUUCCAAUCACUAUAUAUAUAUAUACAGUGAGGAAAAUAAGUAUUUGAACACCCUGCUAUUUUGCAAGUUCUCCCAC